AUGACGGACAUCACGGUUCCCAAGCAGAUGGAGGCGGCGGUAGUCAAAGACUUCAACCAGGGCUACGAGGUGCGCAAGAUUGACGUGCCGUCGGACCUGGGCCCGAACGACAUUCUGGUCAAGAUCGGAGCAGCAGGAUACUGCCACACAGACCUGCAGGUGCUCGAGGGCGUGUAUGAGUCGGCGGGCGCGAAGCCGGGGCUGGUGGGAUCGCACGAGCCGGCGGGGACGGUGGUCAAGGUGGGCAACAACGCGAACAGGAACGGGAUCAGGACCGGGGAUCGCGUCGGGUCGAUCAACACGUACCAGUUCUGCGGGGAGUGCGAGGCGUGCCGGAAGCAGGGAGAGCAGCUGUGCGAGAGGAUGGCGGGCAUGCUGGGCCUGACCGUCAACGGCGGCUUCUCCGAGUACAUGAAGGCGGACUCGCGGGUGGUGUCCAAGAUACCCGAGUCCAUCUCGUUCGCCGAGGCGGCCCCGCUGUUCUGUGCCGGCGCCACCGUGUACGGCGCGCUGCUGCGCGCCGACCCCGAGCCCGGCCAGUGGCUGGCCAUCGUCGGGGUCGGUGGCCUAGGUCACCUGGGCAUCCAGUACGCCAAGGCCAUGGGACUCAAGGUCGUCGCCAUCGAUAACCGCAGGGAGGGCAUCGACACGGCCCUAGAGGGCAUCCCGUCGCACCUGCGCCCGGACAGGACCUACGUCGUCGACUCCGAAGAGGCGCAGCAGCGCUGCAUCGACGACCUCUCCUCCCCCGACAAGGGGUCCCCCUACAAGUCCAACCCGGGUAUCGACCGCGUCGUCAUCGCCACCGAAGCGAGGCACCUCGUCAGCUUCUCCCAGCAGUUCCUCCGCAAGGGCGGCGUCAUCGUCGACAUCGGUCUCCCCGCCGAUGGCCCGCUCGAGGUCGACUCGUUUGCCCUCAACUUCAAGGAGCACUCGAUACGUGGACGUCUCAUCUGCACGCCCCAGCAGUGCCAGGACAUGAUCAACCUUCAUGCCGAGCACGGGUGCAAGACGUAUAUCGAGAAGACGUACCCCGUCAGCGGCAUCAACGACAUGUUUGAGCGGUACAAGUCCAAGGAUCUUCGUGGUCGGCUGUGUAUGGUGUUUUAG